CGUUGCAACGUCCCUUUUACAGUUCCACUCCCAUCGAAAAGCUGGCCAACAAGACAGAAAAGGAUCAAAUACUAGCUUCGCCAGUCUCUGGUUAAUCGCUCACUCAAUUUCUAUAUCGCUCGCAGCUUCAUCCGCUAGUCAGCCUCCCAAAACAUCAGUGUGAUAUAAAAUGUCUCGAAGAUAUGAUAGCCGAACAACAAUUUUCUCCCCCGAAGGUCGUCUAUACCAAGUAGAGUAUGCAAUGGAGGCCAUUGGGAAUGCAGGAACUGCAAUUGGUAUUUUGUCAAAAGAUGGGGUUGUCUUGGUUGGUGAAAAGAAGGUCACCUCUAAACUCCUUCAGACUUCAACGUCAACUGAGAAGAUGUACAAGAUUGAUGACCAUGUAGCUUGUGCUGUUGCUGGCAUAAUGUCUGAUGCCAACAUCCUUAUCAACAUGGCUAGAGUUCAAGCCCAGCGCUAUACUUAUGCCUACCAGGAACCAAUGCCUGUUGAACAGCUUGUGCAAUCUCUGUGUGAUACCAAACAAGGUUACACACAAUUUGGUGGUCUUCGUCCCUUUGGUGUCUCAUUUCUCUUUGCAGGGUGGGACAAAAAUUUUGGUUUCCAGCUUUUCAUGAGUGAUCCCAGUGGAAACUAUGGUGGUUGGAAGGCUGCAGCCAUUGGAGCAAACAACCAGGCAGCACAGUCAAUGUUGAAACAGGACUACAAGGAUGAUAUCACAAGAGAAGAGGCAGUUCAGCUGGCGCUAAAGGUGCUCAGCAAGACAAUGGACAGUACAAGUCUUACUUCUGAUAAGCUUGAAUUGGCUGAGGUCUUCCUCCUGCCCUCUGGAGAAGUAAAGUACCAGGUUCGUUCACCAGACUCCCUGAGCAAGUUACUAGUGAAGUUUGGAGUGACUCAAGCUCCUGCAGAGGCCUCUUAGUUACUGUACUUUUUCUUUUAGAUUUUUUGAGGAGUAUUUUGGUACAUGUAUGUCAAAUUACGUUCUUGAUGCAACUUUUUCCCAAAUGAUGUUCUUGUUUUAACUUGACUAAACUAAUAUUGAUGCCCAAUUGCCCAUGUUGGACCUGGUCGAUAAGGAUCAGUCUCGAUUACAUGUAGAGGCAUUUCUAUGGAACAAAUAGUAUUGCCUAGGCAGUUCAUUGACCUUGAGAAUUGAGAAAUGUCUUAUUUCUAGUUUACUUCAUUUUGAUAUGCGUUGCAUGUGCAUUUACUUUUACUUUUUGUGCAUUUAAGAUCACUAGCGUUUUAUCACUUUUGAGUAUGCCUUGGAGUUAUUAUCCAUAGUUUAGUGUUACACUUGCUCUUACGGAUGAAAACAGUACUUUUGACAUUGAAGUAUCGGGAGUUAAUAUGAUAGGCCUAGGGGUGCUCUUAAUUAACAAUUUUAAGUAAUUACAUUUACAUUAUUAUUAUUAUUAUUAUUAUUACAUAUGUGGCCUAUCAAAUUGUGGAGGGAAGGGUUUGGGUGGUUAAUCUACAGAUGGAAUGUGUUUACCUUUCUUUUUCUCUUAAGUUACAUGUAAUUCAGUAACUCCUAAAUUGAAGAUGCGUCAAGAAAAGGGUGGAGUAAAACAAAUAGGACUUUGCAGAGAAUUGUAGAGGUGAAAGUGACAAAACUAGCAAAAGAUUUUUUGGAAUAGGAAGGUGGUGAUGCCCACAUGGCCAGUAGUUUUCUAACUGGAUUCCAGAGGUGUCAUCCCUUAUCCCUGUCCGUUAGCAUCUUAGCAAAUAUCACGCUGGCUGGGUCAUAGCAGUUUGCAACAACUGCUCAAAUGUGAAAAAAUGUGAAAAAGAUUGAAUGUGUUCGUCUGUUCUCUUCGCCAUUUUCUAGUGUAAACACAUAUUCAUACAAUAGGAAUGUUUACUAAUGGAAAAAUAAAACAAGAAGACAAGCUAUGUGAAUACUGAAUGGUGGCAUGACGUUGACGUGCUCUCUAUUUUUUUUUUAAAAUAUACAUGUUAAAUUAUAGGAAAACAAGAAUAAAAUUGAACUCUAAGAAUCUCAGUAUAAUUCGUUCAUUUAAAUAUUAGAGCUUUUUUUAUAAAUAAUUUGUCAGGUUCAGGGCAAAAUAUGAAUGGUUCAAAAGAUAUAAAGCAAAAUAUAAUAUUUUGGUAGAAUAAAGCGUUUUGGAAAAAGAAAAGACAGGCCAUGAAUCAUGAUAAGUCAAGUUUGAUUUUUUUUUUUUAUUCACAAAUAAUAAUUGUUUGUGGGCACCUAAACAGUGCAACCAUUUUAACAAACGCCAGUGGAUGUGCCCAAACCUUUACAUCUGAGAUUGAAAGGGUUGGGGUUUGAAUCUGCAUUAAUCAUUACUCCUUUCAUUUGCACUUGUUACUGCCAUAAAGAUAACGCAACAAUUGCUGUAGUGUUUCCUUCCUUCGCUGCCUUUACUUUCCCUCCGUUGACGUGUUCUUUCUUCUCAUUUCCACCGUAGUUUAACCUUGUUUAAAAAAUUUAUUACUCAUAUGUCCAAAUCUUGAUCUGGACAGGUAAGAAAUUCUACUUGUUUGUUCACAGACAAUUGUCCUAGAUGAACAACAAUGGUGUUUGGUUUUGAAUUUAUAUCACCAACAUUGCCUUCUGUUGACUGUCAUCAAUGUAUCUAUCAUCGAUGUGAAAAGUAGACGAUCUGUCGUUCACAAAAUUCAACAAAAUUCCACUAUUUGACUUGUCGUUCAAAUACAACACAUUUGAUACAAAAACGCAAGAAAGCUCCAUAUCGAAAAAAUUAUUGUUUAAUUUCUUUAGCGUAGCUUGAGUUGCCGUUGAUUUUUGUAGAUGAGCAAGUACUGGUCCUCGUCACCAGCAUGUAUUACUAGCUACUCUGACUCGCUCCAUUUCCUUGCUGAAAAGGUCAAGAAUGUGAAAGAUUUAGAUUAUUCUUGCCCAAUAUUUAUGAAAACUACAAAAGAAAAGUAUGCUUCCAUGUCCUUUUUUUCUUUAAAAAAAAAUCAGCAUAAACAACGUAAAAGUCAAUUACGUUCAGUCCUCCAAUUUAAUUUAAAUUAAAUUAAACCUUAAUGUUUUUCAGAGUUGCAGAAUUGAAUUUGAUUUGAAUCGGUUGAUGUAACAUCAAUUACAAGUGUUUUACUGUUUGGCGAAAGGAUUUGAUCCGUAGAAACAAAGCACAGCAAAGGCAAAAGAAGAGUAAGAUUAAAAUGGGUAAGAAAUCCCAGAAAGGCAAGUAAAUGAGGACUGCAGUGAAUGAAUCAGUGAGUAUCUUUAGGGAUAGCAUAUUUUGGGUGUUUGCAAAUUUGGGAAGUGUGGAGAUUUGAUUUUAGAUUUGAAGAUGGCAACUGCCCAUUCCAUCAUCAUAUGUUUUGAUGUUCUUCUCAAUGCAAUCAAAUGAAUUAUACUUUCAAUUUCUCUUUGCUCAAUUUCUCUUUGCUGUAUUGAAACUUAUUGUCAAUUAUUAAUAAGAGCGAGUGGUCCUGCUCACUACAUGAAGGAAGAGUCCAUAUGUAUUUAUUAUUGAAUAAAAACAAAACCAAGGCAAUUGUAGUCCUCAUGUUAGAGUUGUAGUGAAGUGAGGAGCAUACCAGUAUCCAAAGCAAAAUAACUGGCAGUGAAAGAGCCACCUUAGUCAAUUUUGAGUGACAAAUGUCAUCUCUCUAUUUGGUAAUUUUUGGUCCCGUGGAUAGGGGAAGAUUCAAGGUCCCUGUCUUACUUAUCUAUUAACAACAUCAGCAUUUGCUAUUCCCAUCACUCAGAUCCAUUCUCUUACUCUCCCUGCAAUUGCUUUCUUUGCCUGCAAGUUGAAGGCAAAAAUGGGGUGUUGCUUAGAUGGAGAUGAUUUGUUGGUCUCUCUGUUGCUGGCUCUAGUCUUGGCAAUGCUCAUCUUUGUCAUCUGUCAACCUCCCCGUCCAAGAAGAGUCGCUCUUUAUUGUACCUCUUGAAUUUUGCAUCAGCUAAGUGUUUUGCGUUGCAUUUUUUUAUCCAUUAUUACUCGUUAGUUCGCCAAGGUGUUCUGUAUGACUAUGUAUUUUCUCCGACUAUCGUCUAGUAAAUUAUAAUAAAAAGGUAAGCUGCUAUUA